ACACCCUCCCACCACCUCUGAGCCUCAGAGCUCUCUCUUUCUCUCUCUCUCUCUCUCUUCCUUCUUUCUCACUCUUUCUCUGUUUUCGGCAUUGGAAGCUUUUAAAUGCUUCUUUUUAGUCUCUCUCUGUCUCUUAAACCAAAAACCCACUAUUUUUAUUCUUGUAUAGCUACCGGACCAACCCACACUCUCUGACACUCCCUGACUUUCUUCUUUCCUUUGUUUAAUGCCUUCUCUUCCUACCUAGGGUUCCACUUCCUUAGCUAUCUCUCUCUCUCUCUCUCUCUCUCUCUCUCUCUUCCCCCCCGCUGUCUCCCGCUCGCUCCGGCUAUUUUCCGGCGAACUUUUCGCUUCCAAACCCACGAUCUCCCCGCUGACCUUUUGGAUUCCGACACGAGCUCUGUUUUUGUUCUAACUUGACUUUAUUGGAUCUUGGGUACUCCAAGUUUGUGUUUUUGGACCUCUAGUUUUUGCUCCUCUGCCUUAAAGAACGUUCAAAAAGGGUUCUUUUUGUUGCUUUCUUAAGUGUUAAUGUGAGCUUGGUUAUGGUGCUUUGUUCUUUAAUUUUGUAGUUUUGUGUUUGUUAGUGUUUCUUUUGUAUUUGUUUGAAAAAACAGAGGGAAAAAAAAAAAAAAAAAAAGAGAGGAAAAAAAAAAAAAGCUGUGGGUAUUGCUGGGUAUUGCUUUACUUUUGUUCCAUUUUCAGUUCAGACUUGCACAGAGCUUUUUCUCUGCUCUCGGUUUUUUGUUUGUUUGUGUUUGGCUUUUUAAAUAUUGAUAACUUCUUUUCUUUUUUCUGGGCUUUGGAUUCUCUUCUGUGUCCUUUCAUACUAGCUUCACUUCCUCAGCUUCUUGUGAGGUGUGAGGUGACUCUUCCAUGGCGGCCUAACAUUUUUUUUUCUGUUAAAAAAAAAAAAAAUAAUCUACUUGAAAAAAUGCCAUUAAAGCUAUUCCUUUUUCUUCUUCUUGUUCCUACUCUCAUACAUUCUUUGGACCCAGUUUUGAACGAAGAUGUUCUGGGGUUGAUCGUAUUCAAAGCUGGCCUUCAGGACCCAGAAGGCAAACUCAGUUCCUGGAAUGAAGACGAUAACAAUCCCUGCGAUUGGUGCGGCGUCAAAUGCAACCCUCGAACCAACCGAGUUACAGAGCUUGCCCUUGACAGCUUCUCGCUUUCUGGACAUAUAGACAAAGGCCUCCUGAAAUUGCAGUUCCUUCAGAUACUAUCCCUAUCCCGGAACAACUUAACGGGGACGAUAAAUCCUGAUAUUGCUCACAUUGGGAGUUUAACAAUUGUUGAUUUGAGCGAAAACAGCCUCUCCGGGCCAAUCCCAGAUGAGUUUUUUCAGCAAUGUGGUUCCUUGAGAAGAGUUUCGUUUGCUGGGAACAACAUCACGGGUCAGAUUCCUGAAUCUUUGAGCUCUUGCUUCUCUUUGACGGCUGUGAAUUUUUCUUCUAAUCAGCUCUCUGGGAAACUACCAUCUGGGAUAUGGUAUUUGAGGGGGCUUCGACUGCUUGACCUUUCUGAUAAUUUGUUGGAUGGAGAAAUUCCUCAAGGUAUUGAAAAUUUGUAUGAUCUGAGGAUAAUUAGUUUAAGGAAAAAUCGAUUCUCUGGGAGUCUUCCUGAGAAUAUUGGAAGUUGUUUGCAUUUGAAGUCGGUUGAUUUCAGUGAGAACUUUCUUUCUGGAACGCUUCCGGAGUCAAUGCAGAGCCUUAGUUCAUGCUCUUCUCUGAGCUUAGGAGGUAACUCUUUCGCUGGUGAAGCUCCGUACUGGAUUGGAGAUUUGAGAAACCUUGAGGAAUUAGAUCUCUCUGCCAAUAACUUUUCUGGGCAAAUUCCAAAUUCUAUUGGAAAUCUUCAGUUGCUGCAGAAGUUGAAUUUGUCCAUAAAUGGGUUUGGUGGGAAGUUGCCAGAGUCGAUGACUAAUUGCAUAAACUUGUUGGCUCUUGAUGUUAGCCACAAUCUGUUGGUGGGUGCUAUUCCUUCAUGGAUUUUUAAGCAGGAUUUAAGAAGUGCUUCACUAUUUGAAAACAAACUAACCGAAGGGGAAGAUCCAUGGCUUACAUCAACAGGGACAGACUCUCAUGGAGGUCUUCAAUUUUUGGAUUUGUCUGCAAAUGGGUUUUCUGGUGAACUUCCUUCAGAUAUUGGGGUUCUUAGUAGCUUGCAAGUCUUGAAUAUGUCCAGGAAUCAUUUCUAUGGUUCUAUUCCAAAAAGCAUUGGUGAGUUGAAAGUUGCAGACGUUCUUGAUCUUAGUGAGAAUAGGCUAAAUGGAAGUAUUCCUUCUGAAAUUGGAGGAGCAAUUUCACUCAAGGAAUUGAGGCUGCAGAAGAACUUUCUGAGUGGAAAAAUUCCUGCCCAGAUUGAGAAAUGUUCAUCUCUGCAAUCUUUGAUUCUGUCUCAGAACAACUUCAGUGGCUCUGUUCCUGUGGCCAUUGCAAACCUUACCAAUCUUCAAUAUGUCGACUUUUCUCUAAAUGUUCUCUCUGGAAGCUUACCAAAAGAGCUGACAAAUCUUUCCCAUCUCCUAUACUUUAAUGUCUCUCACAACCAUCUUAAAGGUGAGCUGCCAGUAGGAGGUUUCUUUAACACUAUUUCUCCAUCAUCUGUCUCAGGCAACCCAUCCCUAUGUGGCUCUGUUGUUAACCGUACCUGUCCUGCUGUCCAUCCCAAACCCAUUGUCCUGAAUCCAAAUUCUUCUGACUCUGGUGGUUAUUCCUCUAGAAAUCGUGGUCACAAGAAGAUUAUACUAAGCAUAUCAGCUCUCAUUGCCAUUGGUGCAGCUGCUUUCAUUGUCCUCGGUGUUGUAGCUGUCACUCUCCUCAAUAUCCGUGUGCGGUCUUCUAUGUCUCGUUCUGCUGCCCCUCUUGCAUUGUCUGGUGGAGAAGAUUUCAGUUGUUCUCCCACUAAUGAUCCAAAUUAUGGCAAGCUUGUUAUGUUUUCUGGUGAUGCUGACUUUGAUGCUGGUGCUCAGGCACUGCUCAACAAGGACUCAGAACUAGGUCGUGGUGGAUUUGGAGUUGUUUACCGAACACUCCUUCGAGAUGGACGUGCAGUUGCAAUAAAAAAGCUAACAGUCUCAAGUUUGAUAAAGUCCCAAGAAGAUUUUGAGAGGGAAGUGAAAAACCUUGGAAAGAUCAGGCACCAUAAUCUUGUAGCAUUGGAAGGAUACUACUGGACUCCAUCCUUGCAGCUCCUUAUUUAUGAAUUCAUACCCAGUGGAAGUUUGUAUAGGCGUCUGCAUGAUGCACCUGGUGGAAAAUGCCUCUCUUGGAGACAGAGAUUCAACAUAAUUCUUGGGAUGGCAAAAGGUUUGUCCCAUUUACACCAAAUGAAUAUAAUCCACUACAAUCUAAAAUCAACAAAUGUUCUGAUAGAUAGCUCCUGUGAGCCAAAGGUAGGCGACUUUGGCUUGGCAAGGCUGUUGCCAAUGUUAGACCGUUGCAUCUUAAGCAGCAAAAUCCAAAGUGCACUCGGAUACAUGGCUCCUGAGUUUGCAUGUCAAACGGUGAAGAUAACUGAGAAAUGUGAUGUGUAUGGAUUUGGUGUCUUGGUUUUGGAAGUGGUGACCGGAAAGAGGCCGGUGGAAUAUAUGGAGGAUGAUGUGGUAGUACUCUGUGACAUGGUAAGGGGAGCACUGGAAGAAGGCAGGGUGGAGGAAUGUGUUGAUGAGAAACUUGUGCGUAAUUUUCCAGCAGAUGAGGCAAUUCCAGUCGUCAAACUGGGUUUAAUAUGUGCUUCUCAAGUUCCGUCCAACCGGCCAGACAUGAGUGAAGUGGUCAAUAUUUUGGAACUGAUCCAAUGCCCUUCAGAAGGUCAAGAUGAAUUAGAAUGAAACUUACAGAAAUCAAGAAAAGAAAAAAAAAAAAAAAAAAAAUCAACAGAUAUAUGCUCAUACCUUGGUGAAGAUUAAUCCGGUUUGUUUGGUCAAGAAAAAAAGAAAAUACUAGAUUGUUGGAGGUCUAUUUCAUAUCAAUUUUAUUUUAUUUUAUUUUUGUAUUUUUCCCCUUCUUUUAUUGAUAUUUAUAUCAGUUGUAUUGCACCGGAUUUCUCUUCACCGGCUUGAAAUGGGACAAUUUCAAUACUGUUUUUAGGA